UUAGCUGAUUACUUUAAGUUCCCGGCAAGACAGGCUCACUUAAAAACCCUAAUUUCUGAUUUUUCUCCCACUGAAGAGUGACCAACCAAUACGGCACUACGCGUUCUCUCUGAAGCUUCAAUCUUUCAACUCUGAGUUCUUUAAUUGUCAAGUCAAUCAAAUUGAAUCUCUCCAUUAUUCUUUUUUGCUAUGGCGGCAGAGAACAAAAAUGGAAAUCCAAGUGAAGUCAGUGAUUACACAUCAGAGGACGAGGGCACGGAGGAUUACAGGAGAGGAGGGUACCAUGCGGUGCGUACUGGUGAUACUUUCAAGAAUGGACGCUAUGUGGUGCAGACCAAGCUUGGCUGGGGCCAUUUCUCUACUGUUUGGCUUGCUUGGGACACUCAAACUUCUCAUCAUGUAGCUUUAAAAGUCCAGAAGAGUGCUCAGCACUAUACUGAGGCCGCCAUGGAUGAGAUAAAGAUCCUCAAACAGAUUGCUGAUGGAGACCCUGCUGAUAAAAAGUGCGUGGUGAAGCUUAUAGAUCAUUUUAAGCAUUCAGGCCCCAAUGGACAGCAUGUGUGUAUGAUUUUUGAGUAUUUGGGAGAUAACCUUUUGACCCUCAUUAAGUAUACUGAUUACCGAGGGGUUCCUUUACCGAUGGUGAAAGAAAUCUGUUUCCAUGUUUUAGUGGGUUUGGAUUAUUUGCAUCGUGAGCUUUCGAUUAUUCACACUGAUUUGAAGCCAGAGAAUAUAUUGCUUUUGUCAAUGAUUGAUCCAUCUAAAGAUCCCCGUAAAUCAGGUGCUCCUCUCAUCCUUCCUACCAAAAAGGAUAAGGCUGUGGCUGAGUCCAGUGCUUCAAAAGAAAUUAAGAGUUUAUAUGGAGAUCUGACCAAGAAUCAAAAAAAGAAGAUUCGAAGGAAGGCUAAGAAGGCAGCUCAGGGUUCAGGGAAUGAAGCAUCUGAGGAAAAUGAGGCAGAUUCCAAAACAUCUAGUCCUGAUACUUGUAUUGAUAAGAAAUCUAAUAAGGAUUCUGUUGAGGAACAGAAUGGUCCUGUGAGGAACAAUGAAUCAAGUAAGAAUCAAGGAAUAAUAGAUGCUAGCCAAGGAAAUCAAAGUAAUAGGAGACCCAGCCAUUCCACAAGGAAAAAGCUUUUGGCAGCACUUGAUCCUAAGUGUAAAUUGGUUGAUUUUGGAAAUGCUUGUUGGACAUACAAACAAUUUACAAAUGACAUUCAGACUAGGCAGUAUAGAUGUCCAGAGGUUCUUCUUGGAUCUAAAUACUCAACUUCAGCAGAUUUAUGGUCCCUUGCUUGCAUAUGUUUUGAGUUGGCCACGGGUGAUGUUCUUUUUGAUCCUCAUAGUGGUGACAACUAUGAUAGGGAUGAGGAUCACUUGGCAUUAAUGAUGGAGCUUCUUGGGAUGAUGCCCCGCAAGGUGGCAUUAGGUGGUCGCUAUUCUCGUGAUUUCUUUAAUAGACACGGGGAUUUGAGGCACAUUCGUCGUUUGCGCUUUUGGCCUCUUAAUAAGGUGCUUGCAGAGAAGUAUGACUUCAGUGAGCAAGAUGCAAAUGAAAUGGCUGACUUCCUUGUUCCACUACUUGAUUUUGUCCCUGAAAAGAGACCGACAGCAGCUCAAUGUCUUAGUCAUCCUUGGCUCAGUGCAGGGCCUCGGCUGCUUGAGUCUUCAAUGGGUUCUAUGGAGCCCAGGGCAACAGAAGAGAGUAUAUCAGAAAAGAAGAGAGAGACAGAUGAGAGGGAAGCUAUGGAGGAAGGAAUGGGGAAUAUAGCCAUUAAUGGAGAUUCAAAGCCACCCAAAGAAACCCAAACCAUUCUAAAUUCAACAACAUAGAUACUAACUUCUCCGGGUAGUGUUUAUCAUGUGUUUUUCCAAUACUUUUUCAUCACUAGUACAACCUGCCAAAAUGUGGCUGUUAUCAUUCCUACGGAAACUUGGGUUUUGCAUAUUGAGAUCUGUGCUGUGAUGUGAUGAAAUGAAAUGCCUAAGAACCUUGUUUGGUCAUCUAAUCAUCACUCAUGUUGUAGGUUAGUGGCUCAGUCGGUUGUUUUCUCCUCAUCUAGAAGAGAACCUCCUGGCUUUGCUUACAGUAUGUCUCAAUCCUGUUGUGUCACAGAUGUAGUUUAGUGUAUUCAUGUACAAUUUACAAUUAUUUUUGGGUGGUUAACGAAUCAAAAACUUCUUCUAGAUUAGGAGUUUAUUUCAA